GACUACAACUGUCACAGAGGAAGAGGAAGUUGUGAGCAGCAGAGGGAGGACUCGAAGUCUGCAGAGACAGUUUCAUUUUCUCCCAGCACUCAAACAAAAGACACUUUACCUGGGUAGAGACAGGCAGCUUUCAUUGACUUCCAUUCACAGCUGAUUAUGGACUUUAUAGAUCCCAUCCUGUCCAUUGCCUCAGAGAUCUACACCCUGGUUGAGACUGUGAAGGCCAACAAGAAACGCUGCCACCGUGUGUCUCACCGAGUCAAAGCCCUGGAGGAGCUGGUGAGGUCCAUCAAAAAGAGGGACACGGUUCAAGCCGCUGCUGAUGUGGGAAAAGCCCUCGAGGAACUCUCCAUCACUCUGAAAUCAGCACAGCAGCUCAUCCAGAAGUACACAUUGGCCAACUUGAUGGAGCGCAUCCUGAAAUCCAGCAGCCACGGAGACGAAUUCAACAGUGUGAAUGAACGCCUAAAUGAUGCCUUCCAGUGGCUGUCUGGCGCUCUGCAGGUGGAGCAGGGGAACGCGGUGUACCGCGUGUUUGAACUGACCUCCAGAGUGAAAGCAGAUGAGGUCGAUGGGAAGGAGGACGAUGCAGAGCUCAAGAAAUUGCUGCUGGAGUACAUGAAGAACCAGGAAGACAAAAUGGAUGCCAUGCGAAGAGAUGUGGGAAAGAUUGUGGAGCUAUUGAAUAAGCCCAGCAAGACCGAUGUGGAAAUCCGAAUGAUCAAACCAGAAGAACUGGAGUACCAUUUUCCCAAGAGGCCCUUCAUGGAGACAUUGACCUCAGAGGUCUACAAAGGACAGUAUAAUGGUUUCACAGUGGUCAUCAAGAGAUAUACGGACCCUGUGAAAGCCAGUCCAAGGGAGGUACAGUCUGUUUUCAAGAAGGAAGUUGAAACCAUGAGACGUUUUGAGUCGCCCAACAUCCUGCGAAUGUUUGGCAUCUGUGUCCAGGAUGAGGACGGACCCAGCCCUCAGUUCCUGAUUGUCAUGGAGUACUGUGAGAAGGGGAGUCUCCGACAGGUUCUGGAUUCUGGCUCUAAACUGUCCUGGACCAGAAAAGUUCGUAUGUGUCUGGACGCAGCACAAGGACUCUACCGAUUGCACCAAACUGAAGAAAAAAGUAAGGUUCAUGGAUGCAUCAACAGCAGCAAGUUCAUGGUGGCUGAAGGCUACAGGGUCAAGCUGGGAGGUUUUGAACUGGCAAAAACAGAGACGUCACUGAGAAAGCCAACAAAGGACAAAAAGAGCGAGAUCGGGUCCCUGUGUUACUCUUCUCCUCAGACGCUCAAAGACAUCAACCACGACUACAACAAAGAGUGUGAGAUGUACAGCUUUGGUAUCGUCCUGUGGGAAAUUGCAACUCGCAGGAAACCUUUUGAAGGAUGUUCAACAAAGGUAAUCUAUCAGAAAGUGUACGAAGAGAAAUUUAAAGAACCUCUUCCUGACGACUGUCCUGACGCACUGGUACAGCUGAUCAACGCCUGCCGGGACUAUGAUAGCUUCCAGAGACCAUCUGCAGGAGUGAUAUUGGACAAACUGCGGAGCUUGUUGACACAGAUGGAGGCGGAAUAAAACUCUCAUCAUCAUCAGCGUCUCAGGCCGAUCAGAAACAAGUGUUAAGUCAAUGUAAUAUGCGAAAAACUUUAAGAUAAAUCACCAAAAGGUUUACAAGGAACUAAAAGCUACAAGUUACUGUGACCAGGGGCUGACUUUACAGGGGGUUGGUGGAUGGGGGUAACAGAGAGUUGUCAAACAUAACCAUAUAAUAUAAUAGGAUAUAAAUAUACAUAAGUUUUGAUAGAUUGCAUCCCCCUCUCAUAUGCCUCUCGCACACACACACUAACACACGUUUGUACUUCUAUCUUAGUGAGGAGACUCAUUGACCAAAUACAUUCCCUAGCCCCUUACCCUACCCUUAACCAUCCAAACUAAAUGCCUAACCCUAAUCUAAACCUAACCCUAACCCUAACCCUAAAACCAAGACACACACCUUGUUGAUUGAGUAAUGCUCAGUGGUGGCUGAUCUCCAGUAAGUCGCUAUUUAAAACAAAGGAUUUGUCAGACAUUUUGCUUUAAUUAUACUGCCUAAAUAGAAUAACACACAUUCUCAAUUCUAACCAGACCACAUCUUGUUUGCUGUUUUACCUCACGGUCAAAUCUUGUGCAGUAGGUCAAUCCACAAUGAAAAUGUUCAGAACUCAACCGAUUUUUCAGUGUUUUGGUUUAAUGAUACAUACACAAUGCUUGGUUGCAUUCACUACAGGUUUUCAUUUGAAAAUAUUGAUCUUUUUUUUUUAGAUUAAAUGUAGUAAUAUAUUUAAGAUUAACUUUCCCAAAGUAAAACAAAUAACAUUUUAAUAAGACAUAUUAUUAGGUUUGGUUCAGUUAAUAGCUGUUGCUUUUAUAGUACUCUACUGUAUAUAAAGGCUACUGGUCUGAUAAGUGGCUGGAUGUCAAAACUAGCUUCCAGGGACAAUAACCUGCUGCUGCCACAGGUGGGCAGUAAAUUACAAAAUGAAUGCAAACAGAAAACAUCAGAUCCUUUAUGAGACAGACCACUAUUCUGAGAUCAGACUAUGAGUCAGCCACAACAUGGAAGAAUAUAAUAACAAGACUAAUUAAGGCCUAUAUAAUUUAAUCAAUUCCUUAAUUCUUUUUACUGUUCUUACACUUCACAGUAAGCAGUGACAUAGACAAAAAUCAUGGUAGCACUUUUGUUCACUGUUCACUGUUGUUAAUGCAAAUCAUUUGUUGUACUUUAACAAUAAAAGGCUGCGUUGCUGACACCAUC